GGGCAGUGGUGCUAAAAGUGAUGAAGAUGUCAUAACAUGUGAUGCUUGUGGUGGGCGAGGUGUUAAAGUAGUUAAACAGAUGCUUGGACCCGGAAUAUUUCAACAAUUCCAUUCCACGUGUGAUUCAUGUGGUGGAAAAGGUAAAAUUGUAAAGUCUAAAUGUCCCGCCUGCGAUGGUAAGAAGGUUUUACGCGCAAACGAACAAUUAACUGUUGUCAUAGAUCGAGGGAUGAAAGAUGGUAACACCGUGGUUUUCGAGAAAGAAAGUGAUGAGGCACCUGAUACGAUACCUGGGGAUAUUAUAUUUAAAAUAAAAACCCUUCCACAUUCAAUAUUUAAAAGAAAUGGUGAUAAUUUAUAUAAAAAGGAAAUUAUAACGUUAAUUGACGCACUUACUGGUUUUGAAAGGAAUUUCACACAUCUUGAUGGCAGAACUGUCACAAUAAAACGUGAUACAGUGACACAACCAAAUUAUGUUCAAGUUAUUAAGAAUGAGGGUAUGCCUAUGCAUCGAUCACAACUUAAAGGUGACUUAUAUGUAGAAUACACUGUAGUAUUUCCUUCAGUCAUUGAUGAUGCAACAAAAGAAGUAUGA